AUGGAGCUAAGCAUGUUCGUGCGUCGCACCAUUGAAACCAACGAGGAAGCUGGAAUCAGACCUAGAAAAACUUACCAAUCAUUCGUAGCAGCAGCCGGCAGUCACCGUGAAUUAAGUUUUAUAGAAAAAGAUGUGAGAAAUUACAUCACACGGGAAGUACGGAAUGUGUCCGAAAAAGACGAUGCCGAAAAAUUCGGGAAGUACCUAUUAAGAAUGAAAGAGAAGAACCACAAUUUCUUUUUCGAACUCAACCUCGAAGGUGAUCACUCCAUCAGACAUGCAUUAUGGGCCGACGCAAGAAGCAGGGCGGCAUGCGAGUAUUUUGGAGAUGUCAUUUCAUUCGACACCACAUACAAUACAAACAGGUACAAUAUGGUUUUUGGUUCUUUUGUGAGCGUGAAUCAUCACGGUCAGUCGACACUUCUCGGAUGCGCGCUGAUGAAAAAUGAGGACAUCCAAUCAUUCAAAUGGCUAUUCGAGUGUUGGCUCCGUUGCAUGGGAGCCAAGGCACCAAAAGACAUUCUCACCGACCAAUGCGCAUCAAUGCAAAGGGCCAUUGAGAUGUGCAUGCCAACAACAAUUCACCACUGGUACAUCUGGCACAUCAUGAAGAAGAUCCCAAACAAACUAAACGCCAAGCGACAUGAAAAAAUGGAACAAGAGAUGAGCCACGUCGUUUCGAACUCGUUCACAAAAGAGGCAUUCGACAGAAACUGGAACGAUUUUCUCACAAGGUAUGGCCUCGAAGGCAACAAGUGGCUCUCAAGUAACCGAGGUUUCACAAGAUACGAAGUUGUAGAGCAGGUUUCCAACUCCAUAUUUAAUAAGUUUUUAGUCACCUACGACGCAGUAUCACAAGAGUUGAAUCUUUUAGACGGCGGACCAACGAUUCAGCCAAGUUUAAACUUUUACAAUGCACCAGAUAUGAAUUAUCCCGGAGAGGAAAGUUCAUGUGCUUUUGAAACUGAAUACUGA